CUCUUGUCAGCAGAGAGUUUCGAGUAUCUUUGAAAAGAAUGUACGAGUGGGUAUGAAUUUGUGUACGUUGUUUUGUGACACACUUUGCAGCCCUUUAGGUUAUGCUUAUAUGUAGCGAUAGGACGUUCGAAUCAGAUGGAAAUAAUACAUAUUUUGUUCUCACAAAAUUAACAAAACAUGGGGAAGGUAUUAUCCGUUAUUCAACGGAAAGUUUAUCGGUUUAAUGCAGAAAACAGAGCACACAGAAUUAUAUCAAAGGAUAAACCAACACCAGCACCAAGAUAUCCAUCGACAAUAAAGGAACUAGAAACUAUAAAAUCAGAUUAUCCACAUAUUUUGGAAGAACAAUACAAAAAGGACUCUAAACUGGAUGGCCGACUAAAACAGGUGUACGUGCACUCAUAUGAUCCUAUUGUUGCUGAACAGCAAACAACCAACAGUUCUCAUUCCCUUCCACAAGAUCGCAGACCAUUGGAAGAGACUGAAUUUGGAUAUACAGAGCCAAUGAUGAUUCCUCAGGGCCGAUUUACUCUGAAGCAAGCAAUGAAGUUCAUUGCUGAUCACCAUGCAGAUCCAAACACUUGGACAGCAACAGCUAUAGCAAAAGAAUACAACAUUAAUCAAGAUAAACUAGAAACAAUUCUGUUCUAUUACCGAAUGUUUCAAGUACAUAUUCCUGAAGGCAUGGGUAAGAAGAUUCCUGUGAAGUUAAAUACUAUGACAGAAGAAACAAAGAACCCACAAAUGUUACAAUCAGAUGAAGAGAAAAUGCAUCAUGAACAAAAGUGAAAAUAGUAAUGGAAUAUAGAAUUAAUAGACAGUGUGCAAUUUAUGUAGAUUGCUUUCAAUGUAACAUUAGUUUAUAAUGUUUAAAUUAUUCUACAGCUUGAUGAGCUAAUGUUCUUUUGUGCUACAUGGAAGUUAAUUUGGAAUGUGAGACACAUUUCCACUGUUCAGUAGCUCAUUAUUAUUUAUCAUACAGUUCAUAAUACAGAAAUAUAUAUGUAGGAAAAGGACUUGCAAUAUAAAGAGAUAUGGAGAAACUUUGUACGAAAAUGUAUGUUUUCAUAAAUAAUUAGAAUAAUCAGUUUGUUGACAUAUAUGUACAUGAUGAAUGUAUUUGGACUGUGAUAAAGUUACACAAAGUAAUGUAA